UCGUGAUAAUCACGUCAUCAUCCUUUGGACGAAUUUACAGAACGGUCAAGACAACAACAACAUGCAGAAAAAAGACACCUUCGAUUAUAAUCCAUAUGACUAUCAAUCUGUGCUUCAGUACAGUUUAACGUCCUUUUCUACAAAUGGUCAGGCAGUUAUGAAGUUCCGUGACCGCCGGCUGGAGUUCUUGGCUGAUUCAGCGACUGGACUGAUGUUUUAUGAUAUUCAGGAUAUAACAGAUGCAUACGAUUGUACCAGACCCUGUCGGGGCUCCAGUGGUAAUGAUCCUCUGAAGCAGUGCCAGAAUGGAGGUUUUGUCAUCCACACCUGUGACUGCCUCUGCCCGUACGGUAUUACUGGAAACCUGUGUGAAACAGUUGAUACUGAUCCAGGAUGUGGUCCAGGUUUAAUAACCUUAGCUGAUGGAGAAACCAAGACCAUAACUUCACCUAAUUUUAAUACCGGGGGACCAUAUCCCACCGGUAAAAGAUGUGUUUGGUUAGUGAAGGCUUCUAGUGGAAAGAAUGUCGCUAUGAGGAUAGACGAGAUGGAUUUAGCAACUGAUGACGGGGCUUGUGCUCACUGGCUAGAGAUCCAGUAUAAUUUGAUCGGACAGAGUGGUCCAAAACGCUGUGGAAAGUUCUCACACGAGACAUACGUGACAUCAGACUACGGGGACCCGUCCAUGAUGUUACUGAUUUUUAACAGUUCCUUUGCUCCAAAUAUACAACCAGGCAAAGGCUUUACUCUGUCUGUGUCAUCUGUAGGUGCAGGCUGUAAGUCUGCACAAUGUGUCUUUGGAACAUGUACUGACGUCGGAUCCAGUGAUUUCAACUGCGCAUGUGCGGCCGGAUAUACUGGACGGCUGUGUGAUACACUUGCUGGUUCCGGGGAUAUAUUCUGUGACUUUGAAGGAGACGUGUGUGGCUUUAGCAACUUAAAAUCAGACUCCUACGACUGGAUUAUAAAAUCGGGUUUCACUCCUUCUGGAGGCACUGGUCCUUCUCGAGCGAGGAGCGGAUCCAACUAUUUAUAUACAGAAAUGUCAUAUCCUGUACCUACUGGGACUACAUUUCAUUACGAAACACCUUUCUUGACAGCUGGUCAAAGAUGCCUCGUGUUCUGGUAUCAUAUGUAUGGUUCCAGUAUGGGAACCCUAAACGUGCUUCGGGAUGCAACUAUAGUGUGGACUAGAAGUGGAGAUCAGGGGAAUCAGUGGCAGAAAGCGGAAUUAAACAUACAUGGAUCAACAAACUACAAGGUAAUUUUUGAGGCAAUAAGGGGGAGUGAUUACCAAAGUGAUAUUGCCAUAGAUGAUAUUUCCUUGACCUCAGCUGCGUGUGGUACUCCUACAACAUCAUCUACUACUACUACUACUACUACUACAACUACUACUACUACUACACCAUCAACAACAACAACUACACCAACAACAACAACUAGUCAACCAGAAGAAAUCGAUCAAAUAAAUUGCGACUUCGAAGAUGGGAAUUGUGAACUAAGUAAUCCUAAAUCACAAGCUUACAACUGGAUAAUUAUCUCGGGAGGGACACCAUCACGCUCUACAGGACCCUAUAGUGCACACGGAGGAACUAAAUAUCUUUAUGUGGAAACCUCUUCUCCUGUCCCCUCUGGAAACAAAUUUUACUUCGAAUCUCCAUUUAUUGUUGGCGGAUCUAGAUGUUUGACUUUCUGGUAUCAUAUGUAUGGUACUGCUAUGGGAACACUUAAAGUUCUACAGAAUGGAAAUCCAGUCUGGACUAGAACCGGAGAUCAAGGACUUGCUUGGAUAAGAGCUGAUGUCAACAUAGGAACAGCGUCACGUUACAAAAUAUCGUUUGAGGCCACCAAAGGAACCAGCUACACCAGUGAUAUAGCACUGGAUGAUAUCUCUACAACAACAGGGGCUUGUAUUGCAAGACAGAUAAAUUGUGACUUCGAAGAUGAUGAUUGUCUACUUCGUAAUCCCCCAACACAAACUUACAACUGGAAUAUCAUUUCGGGAGCAACACCUUCGAGCAAUACAGGGCCAUCUGGUGCCAAGGUUGGAUCUAAUUAUUUGUAUGCAGAAACGUCUUCCCCAGUACCCGUAGGGAAUAGAUUUCUUUAUGAAUACCAAUUCGAAAAUGGCGGAUCCAGGUGUCUGAGGUUCUGGUACCAUAUGUAUGGCACUGGAAUGGGAACACUUAGCGUUCUACAGAAUGGAAAUCCGGUGUGGACUAAAACAGGGAAUCAAGGGAACCAGUGGAUGGAAGUUUAUGUAAACAUAGGAACAACAACAAAUUACAAGAUUUCGUUUGAGGCAGUAAAAGGAAACGAUUAUGCAAGUGAUAUUGCACUAGAUGAUAUCUCUACAUCAAGUGGAAGCUGUGGUUGCGCGGCUGCGCCCUGUGUAUAUGGAACUUGUAAUGACGUCGGAAAUGAUGACUUUUCUUGUUCCUGUAAUAGCGGUUACACAGGGAGGCUCUGUGAUACAAUUGAUGCUUCAAACACGAUAUCCUGUGAUUUUGAAAAUGGAGAUUGCAUGCUUCAAAAUUCUAGGCCUCAGUCUUAUGAUUGGCAAAUUAAUUCGGGGGGAACACCGUCAAGCGGUACAGGACCCUCUAGUGCUAAAAAUGGAAAUAACUAUCUGUAUGUAGAGACGUCUUCCCCUGUACCAAGUGGGAACAAAUUUAACUACGAAUCCCCCUAUAUUGCUGGCGGAUCCAGGUGUCUGAGGUUCUGGUACCAUAUGUAUGGCACUGGAAUGGGAACACUUAGCGUUCUACAGAAUGGAAAUCCGGUGUGGACUAAAACAGGGAAUCAAGGGAACCAGUGGAGGGAGGCUUAUGUAAACAUAGGAACAACAACAGAUUACAAGAUUUCGUUUGAGGCAGUAAAAGGAAACGAUUAUGCAAGUGAUAUUGCACUAGAUGAUAUCUCUACAUCAAGUGGAAGCUGUGGUUGCGCGGCUGCGCCCUGUGUAUAUGGAACUUGUAAUGACGUCGGAAAUGAUGACUUUUCUUGUUCCUGUAAUAGCGGUUACACAGGGAGGCUCUGUGAUACAAUUGAUGGGGAGAACACCGUCAAGAGGUACAGGACCCUCUAGCGCUAAAAAUGGAAAUAACUAUCUGUAUGUAGAGACGUCUUCCCCUGUACCAAGUGGGAACAAAUUUUACU